AUGCACCCUCCAGCAAGACAGCCUACUACCCAGAAGGGUCCAGACAGUUCGGCAAUGGAUCUCGCGCUCCAUGCCUCUGACCUCCUCCUCGCAUCAACCCAACAACACCAAAACCAAAACCACGACCCACAAUGCGACAUGGACAUGGAGCCAGCAUCAUGUGAAGAACCACAGGACACGCUCCCAGCCCCAUCACCACUGAUGCACUUCCCCCACUGCCGCCUCGAAAUCACCACCUUCCCCACCCCCAACGGGCCCGGCAAGCUGGAACAAAUCGCCCUCCCCGGCGCCCUGGUGCGCACCCUCCUCUCCCGCUUCGAGAGCGACCUCCAGCAACAAGAAGACCAAUACCAACAACACCAACAACGCCACCACCACCACAACCACCAAUCAACCCCCCACACCCCACCAUCACCACCAACAACCUCAUCAUCAUCCCCAUCACCACCAACCACCAAAACCAAACCCCACCCCGCCCUCACCAGGGGGGCGGCAGAGCGCCGCCGGCCCGUGCGCAUCCAGCCGCACUUCGACGACGCCGCCGACUGGGUCUUCUCGCGCUGCCUGCUCGCCGACUUCACCGGCUUCCGCGAGGACGAGGCCGACGCGCUGUCGACGGCGGCCGGCGCGGGCCGGCUGUGCUGCUGGGCGAGCGUGGUGUUGCUGCCGCCUAGGGGGAGGGGUAGGGGGUCUGGGAGGAGGGGGUGUGGGAAUGGGAGUGGGCGGGGGAGUGUGGGGAGUUUUGAUGGGGAUGAGGAUGAGGAGGAUGAGGAUUAUGAAGGGGGGUAUCAAGGGGAGGGGUUGCAGGGGCUGGAGGGAGAGGAUGGUGAUGAUGAGGGGAGGUGGGAGUUGCAGUUCGUGGUGCAGCGGGUGGGCGUGCGCGAUCCCGGGAGUGGGUGGUGUGAGUGUUUCUGACAGUAAGAGGUUUUGGAGGAGUUGAGUGCUUGUCUUGGGGUCAUCUUUGUGGUUUCUCAUUUUUCCCUUACGCUGGCUUUACUGUUGUACCUCUAUGGUUGUAUUUGGAUACCAAGGUGUGCGCUGUUCCAUGCAUUUUCACCCGAUCUUGGGAGAUGGCGUUUUGGUGGUGUUGUUGGUGUUGUGUAUGUACAUAUCAUACCGGCUUUGAGCCCCUCCCCAGACUCUGUAACUAUCAACAACAUUUCUCUCACACGGUCGACGAGACGAACCCUCGGUCCCGACGGAUGCUUCGGCGUCUCAGAACCCGCCGGCCGUCCUUGCAUCCCCGCGGUGCUUAUCCUGCUCGUUCGUCAGCACCGCUGCGGGAAUGGAAGGAAAUGCGCCGAGCCAGAUCCGGUUCCGUGGUCGAGCCCCGCAGUUCCUAUCGUGGCAUCGGAACCCCCUGAAGUCUCCGACCAGGCGGUGAGGG